AGCCAGUACAGCACAGAAGAGUGCAGGCAGCACAGGGUCAGCUCCAUCUCUCUAUUGCUCAUCUGCCUGUCUCUGCUGCCAGCACUAGUCCUCCCUGGCUGACUCAGAGACACAAUGGAAGCCAGAAAGGAGAUGGUCAUGUUCCUGGAGGGAGGUCAACUUGGCACUCUAGUUGGCAAGAGAAUAUCUAAUUUGUCGGACACAGUAGGAAGCCCCAUUCAGGAGCCGCAGGAGAAAAUGCAUCCUAGAAGUUGCCUGAGCCCUAGAUCUGGCCCCUUGGCACCCAGAGAGAAAGCAGAGGAGGAGGUGGAGGUUGUAUCGGGCACCAGAGCGGGCAGAAGAUCGCCAGCCCUGCGCCUCUCCUCUCCCCAUCCCGACUCCUUAUCCGGGAAAGGACAUCACAGCAGUUCCGACACCGAAUCGGAUUUCUACGAGGAGAUCGAAGUCAGCUGUACCCCGGACUGCACGACGGCCAGCAGCGACUACCAGCACAGCAAAGGUCAGUGCUCGGACAGCAUGGGGGGCAGCCCGAUUCAGAAUGGCAGCGAUCCAUCCAAAGGAAGCGGAGGGUCUCAGAGCUCUAUGUCAUGUUCUGCGGACCAGAUGCGGAGAUACAGGACAGCCUUCACCAGGGAGCAGAUAGGACGUCUGGAGAAGGAGUUCUACAGGGAGAACUACGUGUCAAGGCCCAGGAGGUGUGAACUGGCUGCAGCCUUGAACCUACCCGAGACCACUAUAAAGGUGUGGUUUCAGAACAGAAGGAUGAAGGACAAGCGACAGCGGUUGGCAAUGACCUGGCCUCACCCAGCAGACCCAGCCUUCUACACUUACAUGAUGAGCCAUGCAGCUGCCACUGGCAAUCUACCUUACCCUUUCCCAUCUCAUAUACCUCUUCCUUACUACUCUCACAUGGGUCUUGGCACUACUACAGCUUCACCUGCCAAUCCUUUCAGCUCACCACUGAGACCACUGGAUACCUUCAGAGUCCUCUCUCACCCUUAUCCUAGACCAGAACUCUUAUGUGCAUUCCGACACCCAUCCAUCUAUGCCACACCUGCUCAUGGACUUGGUACUGGGGGCAACCCUUGCUCCUGUUUGGCAUGCCACUCCAGCUCUUCCAAUGGGCUAGCACAAAGGCCUGCAGGCUCUGACUUUACCUGCUCCUCCUCUACAAGAUCAGACUCCUUCCUGACUUUCACUCCUUCGGUCCUGAGCAAAUCAUCUGUUCCUCUAGACCAGAGAGAGGAGGUACCACUGACCAGAUAAGAUGGACCUACUCUCUCCCCCUGACUGAGCUACCUAGCUUGCCAAUGUCUAUUUUG